UCGAAAACUUCAGAAAACCUUCGGACCGCGAUCAGAAAAUCCAUCAAAGCGUACAUCGCCAGCAGGCAACAAACUUUCCAGCGGUUCUAUCGAUCAAUCCAGCCACCCAAGUUGCUUAUUGAAGGUCGAAAGCUAACCGAAUCUUCCGAUUCUUGCAAGUAGUUCUCGUCUGAUUUCCAUCAUGUUCGCAGGUCAACCAGCUCCUUCGCCAGCCCAGAUCGCUCUCGCCCAAGCAGAUGCCCGGAGAACUAUGAAGGGAUUCGUGUACACGAUCCUUACCAUUCGUGCCAUUCCUUUCGUAUUCGAUUACAUCGGAAGCUGGCUGUAAGACCAAGGAUAUGAUCUUCACCCCUCAGCAGAACAAAAAUUAAGGUCAUCCCAUGACGAACGAUGCCCGAUGUAAACGCUAAAAAAAACCAAUGGUAGCAAUCAGACAAAUCUUCCGAAACUUUGCAGCUAUCCGCCCUGAUACUCAGACACUGGCUAGCUCACUAAGAUGAAUGAAUGCGAAUAUGUGGGAUGUUGUUUUUUUUUAAGAUUGAGCCAGGAUCUACAUAAGCAGCCAAUAUACCUCUCAUGCGUCAUUCUGAGGCUCAGUGAUUAUGACCAUUGGAUUGCUCAAGCUCCACUUUCAGAAAUCAUACACGAAAGGCAAGUCAUUCUAGUCUCGUG